CAAACACGUCAGUACUACCACUGGGCCACCUGCCACCACCACACAUACACACAGAGCGACAGUCCAGGUACUCAGUCAUGCGAGGGGCGAGUAACAGUCUGUUCCUUCAGGCUACACAGUUACAGUCUAUUUCUACAGCCUAGUUUACCAAGUUCCAGGUUAAGUGUAAGAUCAACAGUCUAAUUCUACAGUCAAAUUUACAGUCUAACUCUACAGUCAUACAGGAGUCACAACACCCCACGAGAAGAAGCAGCAGUACCAGCAGGAGGAUACACACAGAGUAGCGAGAGAGAGAGAGGAAGGAUGGGUAGCGGAAUCACUAAAGAGUUGGGUAAGCUCCCUCUGGAGACCCUGUGUGACCACGACGGAGGCAUCAACUGUAUCGGCGCUUCUGACGAUGAAUCCCUCCUGGUGACGGGCUCUGAGGACAAGACUGCCAGGGUGUGGGCCAUCGGGGGCAAAGAGACGGAGUGUAUCGGUAUUAUAAAGGGACACACGAGCUACAUCACCUGCGUCACGGUUCACGACACCUUCGCCAUUACCGGGUCUGCUGACAACACCUUGAGGAAGUGGGACAUUAUCGACUGUGAUUGCUUGUACACCUAUGAAGGUCAUGAAUCACGCAUCACCAGGGUGUUGUGUACGGGAGAAUACUUAGUGAGCACCUCCCAGGACCACACCGCAAGAGCCUGGUACUUUGACGAAGAUGAUUUAGAGGAACACACCUCCAAGUCUGUCUGUAUCAAGAUCUUUGAGGGCCACACUGCGGGUAUCUACUGUCAAGUGAUCAUACCGGGAGUUCUUGACACCGAGAUGGGCUCAGGUGAUGUAAUAAUUACCGGGAGCCUCGACUGUACCGCUCGUUCAUGGUCCUUUACUACCGGGAAGUGUUUGAAGAAAUUUGAGGGCCACACAGAAUGCGUUAGUUGCAUGGCCACAGAUGUAACGGGAAAAGUGUUGUAUACAGGUGGUGCUGACAAGACCCUUCGUAGCUGGGACGUGGCCACAGCCGUCUGCUAUAGGGUGUUUAAGGGUCACCUGGGUCAAAUAGUGUGUAUGGUGGUCCUCAAACAGCUGGUGUACAGUGGUGACGGAGUUGGUGAGGUGAAGUGUUGGGAUGCUGGUUCGCCAGAGACUGUCACUAUUAAGACUAAGGCGACUGAAGUGGGCCCCAUGACCACCUUCUACGGUCACAAGAACACAGUCAAUGCUAUAAAGUUCCACCGUGGCUUGUUAUACACGGCCAGCAGCGACAACUACAUCAGGGCCUUUGACGCUAAGACCUCAGAACCGCGAGCAAUUUACGAGGGUCACAAAAUUGGUGUUAACUGCAUCAUAAUCUGCGCCUCUAAAUUAUACAGCGGCUCUACUGACACUACCCUCAUUGUGUGGGGCCUGUCCAAACUCGGUAACGAAAAUGAAGAGGAAGCCAGCGACGAUGAUGAUGGUGAUAAUGAUAGCUCAAGCAGUGGUGACAGCUCAAGCAGUGAUGACAGCUCAAGCAGUGGGAAGAAAGGCGUGAAACAUAUCGUAUAGGUGGAUAAUGAAUAUGAAGAAGGAAGCACAGAUGAAGGCAGGAGAUAUAGAGAAAAGAAUUGACUCAGAAAAUGGAAAGACCAAAAUAUAGUCAAAGUAUUUAAGAGAAAAUAUUAAAAAUAGAAAAUUGACUGAUGAGUUCUAGGUAGACUCAAUCAGAUUUAAAUAAUGACGACGAUUGUGAACUCUGAUUCCUUAAGUAUAGUGAUUUUGUGUUAUAUUAAGUUUAUUAUGGUUUAGUACACCUGUUCAAUUCUCUUAUACAGGGUGUCUCAAAAAAAGAAUUAGAGGCUGUACGCUAACUGAAUACUUGAACAACAAUAACAACAACAACAACAACAACAACAUCUCCUCAGUUGUUGUUGUUGUUGUUCUCCCACAAGUUGUAAAAUAAUUCUUCACGUCAUCCACACGGGGAAAUAUGUAAGGUAAUAUUUAUAGUACAUAUUAUUUUUUGAGACACCCUGUUGUUUCAGUAAUGUGUGAUGCCUCAUAGGAUUUGUUGCUAGUCAGGGAAACCUAUUCACUAUACCUAACCUAACCUAACCUAACCUAACCUGGAUAAUAUCACCAAUAAAUCCGGAUUGUGAGUAAAAAUCGUAAUUGUGGAAAGAAUUUAAUCUGAGAAUGUUCCUUUAUUUUUUUUUUUUUAGUAUUAGUGUUAAGGAUGUAUAUUAUUCUUAAGUUAUUGAGGAUUACAGAAUUAUAGAAGAAUAUAUAUGGUAAUUAAGACCUUGUAUUUAUUAUGGUGAAAUUAUUAUAGUUACAUUAUACAGUUACGUAUAUAAUGCUACAUCAAUUAAGUCUAGUAUAUUAUAAACACUAAAAUUAUCAAUUGCAUUACUGUACAACUCACAUUAUUCCAAGUGUUCAUCUAACAUAAACAAGUGGUGACGUAAGACAAUUGUGUGACGUAAGCAAAGUGUGACGUCACCAAAUUGUAUGACGUAAGCAAAGUGUGACGUCAGUAAAUUGUAUGACGUAAGUAAAGUGUGACGUCAACAAGUCCUCUGAUCUCGUAACAAAAAUUAUCAAGUUCUAGUUUUGAGUUACAUGAUUUUCCGGAUAUUCGAGAACUUGGAUUUUAGUUUCGGAUACCGAUAGCCUUAAUAACUUAGUACUCUGGGAACUACUCUAGGUACUCUUGUUACUAGGCACUCAUAUGUCAGGUCAGGUCAGGUCAGGUCACAGUUAUAGUGAAGGUUAAUUCUUGUUAUCAUUCUAACUUGUUCUUUGUCGAAUGUUUAUUUUUUUCUGUAAUAUUUUAAGGUCUAUUGGAUCACCUGAAGAUUAGACACCCCUAGCUUAUUUUACCUGAUGAUUAAAUGCCUUAACGAUA